AUGUCCGUCGUUGAAGCUGCUUUAUCCGUGUUCUUUGAAGGGUUGUUUAGUAAGUUGGCCUCUUCUGAGUUUAUCAACUUUGUAACUGAGAAGGAAGUUUGCGAGGAACUCAAGAAGUGGGAAAAGACAAUGCGCAAUAUUCAUGCAGUGCUUGAUGAUGCAGAGGAGGACCGGCAUGAGAAAAGUUGGUUGGUCGCGCUCCAAGACUUGGCAUACGAUGCGGAUGACAUAUUGGAUGAGUUUGCUACUGAAGCUUUGAGACUCAAGUUAACGAGGGAAUAUCAAGAUCACAGCGCAACUAAGUUACCAAAGCUCGUUCAUACAUGCUUCACCGGGUUCAGCAUGGUGGUGGGGAGGCCUAAAAGAGCAUUGGAAUGGCGAUCAACCACUUGCUUGGUGAAUGAAACUCAAGUCUGCGGUCGGGAAAAAAACAAGGAAGCAAUCCUUGAAUUGAUUUUUGGGAGUGAUGAUAGCAAUCCUUUUGGAGCUUCUGUGAUUCCCAUCAUUGGUAUGGGAGGGAUUGGCAAAACAACGCUUGCUCAGCUUGUCUACAAUGACAGUCGUGUAGAUAAUCAUUUUGAUCUUAAAGGAUGGGUAUGUGUUUCUGAAGACUUUAGUAUCCUGGAGAUAACAAAAUCAAUUUUGCAAUCAGUUAGUUCUGAAUCUUAUAAUGCUGGAGAUGAUUUGAAUAAGCGUCACAUAGAAUUGAAGAACAAGCUGGUUGGAAAAGAACUACUUCUGAUUUUGGAUGAUCUUUGGCAACAAAAAUAUGAAGAUUGGACUCGUCUAAUAUCCCCUUUUGGAAUAGGAGCUACGAUUGUUGUGACAACACGUGAUCAAAGUGUUUCAUCAAUGGUGGGUACUAUCCCAAAUUACAAGCUGCCAAAGUUGUCAGAUGAAGAUUGCAUUUCUAUAUUAACUCAACAUGCAUUAGGAGCAAAAGAUUUUAGUGGGCAUCCGAACUUGGAAGAAUUUGGUGUACAGAUUGCGAAAAGGUGCAAGGGUUUGCCCUUGGCAGCUAAGACCAUUGGAGGCCUUUUGCGCAAUAAGGUGGACAUUCGUAAGUGGGAAGAGAUACUAAAAAGUGAGAUUUGGAAUUUACCAGAAGAGAGGAGUAACAUAAUUCCAGCUUUACGAUUAAGCUAUCAUCAUCUUCCUGCAGAUCUAAAGCGAUGUUUUGCUUACUGUGCCAUACUUCCCAAAGACUAUGAAUUUUCUGAGGAAGAAAUAGUCUUAUUAUGGAUGGCAGAAGGCUUUCUGCGAGUGGCAGCUACAAAGCAAAAUGAAGAUCUGGGUCAUGAGUACUUUCAAGAACUUGUACGGAGGUCAUUUUUUGAAAUAUCCAACAAGGAUGAGUCUCGAUAUAUAAUGCAUGAUCUGAUUAAUGAUUUGGCUCAAUCAGUUGCCAAAGAUAUAUGCUUCAGACUGGAGGGUGACAAGGCAUUGAACGUUUCCAGUCAUGCUCGCCAUUCGUCUUACAUUGGUGGGUUUAAGAACCUCCUACGGUUGAAGAUGCCUGAAGGGUGGAGGUAUAUCUCUAAUCAAGUUCUCGGUGAGUUGUUGCCAGAAUUUAAAUACUUGAGGGUGUUUUCUUUACAAGGGUGCCACCUGCCGGAGUUUCCCAAUAUUAUUGGAGAAUUGGUGCAUCUGCGUUAUCUAAAUUUUUCUUACACUCAAAUCAAAACUCUGCCCGAUUCAAUUUGCAAGCUUUACAAUUUAGAGACCUUGCUGUUGCGGGGGUGUUCUCGUCUCAAAGAGUUUCCUUCUGAAAUGAGAUUUUUAAUCAACCUGAGGCAUCUUGACAUUACAGGUGCACGUUCAAUAAAAAUGAUGCCAAUGGGAAUCGGUGAACUAACCAAUCUCCAAACAUUGACAAAUUUUGUUGUGAGUCAAGACAAUGGCCGUCAGAUAAGGGAGAUGGAGAAUUUGUCUAAUCUUAAGGGUGGACUUGUUAUUUCAGAAUUGCAGAAUGUUGUCAAAGCUCAAGAUGCAUGGGUGGCUGGGUUAUGUUAUAAGUCGAACCUUCGGGAUUUAGCUUUAAAGUGGAGUUACAAUUUUGCAGGAGAAGAAAAUCACAAGGACGUAUUGGAUUCACUCCAACCUCCUAAAAUGAUUGAAAGGCUCACCAUCGAAUGUUAUGGAGGUGAAACAUUCCCAAAUUGGAUUGGAGAUCCUUCAUUUGAAAAGCUAUCGAUUCUGAAUCUGUAUUACUGUCCAAAUUGCACAUUAUUACCAGCUGUUGGAAGAUUACCCUCGCUAAAAUUUCUUUCUAUGAGGCGAAUGAGUAAGUUAAAAAAUGUGGGUGUUAAUUUUUUUGGAGAAAAUCUGUCGAUUAAUUUGUUUUCAUCACUAGAGAAAUUAUGUUUUCUGAACAUGCCAGAAUGGGAGGAAUGGGAUCCCUGUGAAGUUGAUGAAAAUGUGACUUUCCAACACCUCCAUGAGCUCAUCAUUUCAGGUUGCCCAAAGUUGUUAGGAAGUUUACCUAAUCGUCUUCCUUCAUUGAAGAAGCUAGAGAUUAUUCGGUGUCAACAACUGAGAAAUCUACCUAGUUGUCUUCCUUCAUUGGAGAAACUUGUGAUUCAAGAAUGUGCCAAGAGGUGGUGUCUACAAAUUGUACAUUCUGGCUCAUUCAUGAAAAGAGUCUCUCUUUCAAACAUUUCAAAAUUCACUUGUCCAAUGGAGGGGAUGAUGUUAAGGUUGAUAAAAGCUGAACGUCUUUAUAUACGUGGAUGUGAGGAGCUAAUUUCUUCAUGGCAGAACCAGGAAGGACCCUCAACACAUUUGAGGCCUAUUAGCUUUUUGGAAAUUCACAAUUGCUCAAGACUUGUUUCAUUAGGGGCAGAGGACGAAAAGGAAGAGCAUAUGCAAUUACGACGAAUCCCUCGCCAUAUUGAAGAUUUGACCAUACAAUAUUGUGAAAGGCUAGAAAGGCUAUCAGAAAGCAUACACAGCUACAGAUCCCUUACAGUGCUACGAAUUGGAGCCUGCCCAAGAUUGAUUUCAUUUUCAAGUGGAAACUUGCCUCCAAAUAUAAAACGUAUAGCCAUUAUGGGGUGUGAGAAUUUGCAGUUCUUUCUGGAUGGAGAAAAUAGCAACAUCAACAGCACGUCUCUUCUAGAGCACUUGCAGAUUGGAGGUUGUAAGUCUCUGAUAUCUUUAUCCUCAAGGGGCGAGUUACCUAUUAGGCUUCAACUUGUUGAAAUUUGUGGUUGUGAAAACUUAACAUCCUUAUCAUCCAAUGGCAAGUUACCUGUGGGGCUUAAAUACCUCAGAAUUAAUAGUUGCCGAGCACUAGAGUCCAUUGCUCAGGAAAUUCAAGAGAACUCUUCCCUUGAAUUGAUAAGUAUCAGCUUUUGCGAAAAUUUCAGAUCUUUGCCUCACGGAUUGAACAAGCUCAACCAUCUUGGGGAGAUUUUUAUUGAGUGUUGUUCAAGUUUGAUUUCAUUUCCAGGAAGUGGAUUAUUAACCACCAAACUCCGAAAGCUUCACCUUUCUGGGUGUGAAAAACUCCAGGCCUUACGCAACUGCAUCCACAACAUCGUUUCUAUGCGAGAAUUGUUGAUAUUUAAUUGUCCAAGUGUGAUAUCUUUCCCAGAAGAGGGGUUCCCUACCAAUCUCACUUCACUUACAAUCUCGCAACCCAAUAUUUGCAAGUUGGUGAUCGAGUGGGGUUUGCACAAACUCACUUCUCUUCAACAUUUCUCCAUCAACGGUGCUUCUCUAGAUAUGGUGUCAUUCCCAUGUGAGGAAAUGCUUCUGCCCCGCACUCUCACCUCCUUCACCAUCACAGAUUUUCCAAACCUUGAAACUCUAUCGUCCAAGGGCUUUCAAAAUCUCAAGUCUCUUGAAUCAUUGGGUAUCCAUAGUUGCCCCAAGCUCAAAUUCCUUCCAGAAAAGGAGAUGCUUGACUCACUUUUGCAACUCGAAAUUUCUAGAUGUCCAUUGCUAGAAGAACGAUGCAAGAGGGAUGGAGGACAAGAGUGGCCCAAAAUAGCCCACAUACCUUACAUUGGAAUUAAUGCUUUCAGUUGGAAGUUGCAGAGGCUAGUGAGUAGUGCCUUCAUAGGAGCACACAAAGUGGUUUGCAAAAGCAGAUGGAAAGACCUGAAAAAGAUGAAUGCUGUUUACUUAGCUGAAGUAUGCAUUGCCUUCACUGCUGUCAAAUUUGACCAUGUGGCAGCCGGAAUACUUAGGAGUGAGGACAGCGUCAAUGGCGCCAAAAUUCUCCCAAGGGAAACAUUGUUUCCUAUGAAAGUGGUGCUCUUCCAGAACCAGCAAUAUCCUUGA